GCUGCGAAAGUGACGGCUAAUCACUACUUAAACAUUAAAAUUGCAUUAAAAUUAUGCUUUUUAUCUCAUUAUCGUAUCAUUUAAAUCAUAAAUAAUAAACAUUUUGUGACAAACACUAUACACAAAAGCUAAUGCAUCGGUUCAUGUGAUACAUCAUCAUCUCAUUUGCCACUCAUUCAUAUCCUGGUAAUUAGUCUGUGAUUUGAGAGGCGAGUGGACGACGACUGCUGCGGAGGAAUAAUGUCACAGAAGCGAAUCCAUUAUCACAGCCUUAUACCCAACACGCGGCUCGACUCGCGGCUACUGUUGAAGUCGUUGAUCGCCUUUAAUAUAGUUUUAGCCGUUUAUAACAUAAUCACACUUCAGUCCAACACGUCCUCCAAAGCCAAUCCGUGUCUCAUUGUCAUCAACACAUCCAAACACUCCACCAAUGCUCACAACUCCCUGCAAAAGGCCGACUUCGAGCCGCAGAAUGUGGCCAACCCUGAGGUGACACCCAUUAAUGGCCAACUGUUUGACACGAGAGACAAACCGAGUGAUAGAAGCGAAGACAAGCCAAACAUGAGUUCAAAUAUAAGUGAAGACAAAACUAAAAUACUUAAUGCUCGGACUCGGGCGCCGAUUUGGUGGUCGACCGAAACGCGCGGCUCGUAUACCGUUCUCAAGAACUUCAUUCCCGGCGACGAUAAGCCACAGCCGUUAGAGUCGGUGACGCUCACCACUCAGGGCACCCAUUCAUUCCUCUACCACAUCGAGAACCUGUGCCUCCGAUGGGACGGACACAUAUCGGUCGCCGUCUACGCGCCCGGCCUUGACUUCCCUCUCGUCGUCAAUCUAAUCCAUUAUCUGCGCAAAUGUCGCGACCCGUGCGUGAAGGCGAAGACGUCGUGGCAUUUGGUGUACGACACUCUCCAUAACCCGCACUCAAACGCUUCCUAUCCGGACAGUUACGUCGAAGACAUGGAUUUUGAUUGCACUCAAAGUUACUCCGAGUUGACCGAUAGGUUCAACACUACGUUCAGAAGCGAUCACUCGCUUCCGUAUCCCAUAAAUGUUGUCCGAAACGUGGCCCGACUUAACGCUCAAACCAAAUACAUAUUCGCCUCCGACAUCGAGUUAUACCCGUCGUUAUUAUCAAAAGAAGAGUCGAAGUAUUGA